AUUUACUGAAAGCAAAGCUGUGUAGGUUCACUUGUUUCCAUUCAAGCGAACGUGUGAAUGUUGCCAAGACACUCGGCUUUGAAUGAAUUUGUGAGCAGUGGAUUAACCACCCCACGAGUUCAUCGUGUCAAAGUGACUUAAGUGUGUAUUAAUAGGCGCACGUUCAUCGAAGUUAUUUCUUGCAGUACGAUUUUCAAAACAAACUUUUCUCUUUGCCAUUCAAAACAAAACGAAACCCUAAAUUGGUAGAAAUUUGCGUGAAUUUACGAGCCCCUCCGAACGCUAUUUGUUUGUCAAAUAAACAAUAUUUGCUUACGUUGCUGAUAACGGGAAGAAAUAAAAAGUUUGCUUCGCAAAUGUGUGACGCCGCAAUACUAUUCUGAGCGCUAAGAAUAAACGCGGAAUUUGUCAUCGCCCCUUCCUGUGUGUACGGUCCUGGUUCCGGAUGACUUCAUUACUUGCAGCAGCAACCUGAGAUGAUGGUCGUCUAAGCUUGGUUCCGGACUUGGACUUGAAGAUACCGCGUAUGAAUCUCAAGAUGGUCACCGCCGCGAUGAUCCGGAUCGGUCUGCUUCUGGCGGUGGCGACAGGUGUCACCGCCAACGUGGCCGACCACCCCGUGGUGUCAAAUUCACUGACCUCAACCGAAGGAACAGUUACGACACCAGCCACCCCCCAGGCACAGGUUCCUGAGGUCGUCCCAGAAAGCGAGGACAAGCUCGAGGAAGAAGUUGGUAGCAGUACCAGUACGACGUCGACGACCACAACAACAACCACGGAAUCGACUACGAUUACAUCCACCACAACCCUUCCAACGACCACGACCACCCUGGUCCCACCCACCAACCAAUUUGGCUGUUACAACGCCGAUCCGGACCUGUGCCGAACGCACACCGGCGAUUGCGAGUGCGCACCAGAUCCGACCAUCCCGGACGCCCUCUACUGCUGCAACGCGACCGACAUCAACAAGGCCAUCAGCUGCGCGGACGGCUCCUGGAAGUACAUCCACAUGCGCAACCUCACCGUGCGCGAGCUCGUCCUCAACGUCUCCAAUCGCUACAUCAAAACGCUACUCUCGCUCUCGAUCACCGACGGAUCGAUCCACAAGAUCAGCAGCAGCCUGGCCCGCUACUCCUCACCCCUCUGUCUCAACAUCUCCAACAACAACAUCAGCGAAAUCCAAGAGCGAGCCUUCAAAGAACUUCGCAACCUCACCAUGCUGGACAUCUCCCACAACAACCUGUCCUCGAUCCCCAUCCAGUACUCCACCCUCACCCCCUUCCGCUGGCUGGACGUCCGCGAGAACAAACCGAUGCUCUGCAAACACCUCCUCGAGGCCGUCAAGCACAACAUCACCUUCGUCCAGGAACAAGAAACCUUCUGCCUGACGAGUCGCACCUUCAACUGGUUCGAGUCCGAAGUGGUGAUCCGGCUGCAGCAGCUCCAAGCGGCCGACCAGCUGCAGCAAAACUGUCCGCGGCUGUGCCGGUGCGAGCUGGAGCGGCUGAACUUUGAUCUGAACAACACGGAGAAGAAAACCAUCACCGCCAAGGUCAACUGCUCGGGGCUCAACUUUACCGACUUUCCCGAGACGCUGCCGCCGGACACGGUCACGCUAGAUGUGUCGAACAAUAAUAUCACCAGCCUGAAGGCGCUGAACGGCAAGUCGUACCAAUCGCUGGUUCGCCUGUACGCCGACGACAACCAAAUCACCUCCCUGGGCGAACUCGAGGGCACCGGCUUCCUGUCGCACUUUACCUUCUUCGCCAUCCGCCGCAACAAGCUGCGGACCAUCCAGACGUACCUGCUGAAGCUGGACCUGGGCACGUUCCUGUUCCUCGAGGGCAACUCGAUGACGUGCGACUGCAACGCGGCGAAGAAUUUUAAGAAUUGGCUGCUGAGUAAGAAGGCCCAGGUGCCGGACCAGGAUCUGAUCCUGUGCGAGGGCACCGCAUCGUCGUCCUCGCACCAGGUCAAGAUGGUGCAGAUUCUGGAGAGCAAGCUGUGCCAAUCGCAGCACGACUGGACGGACUAUAUUUACUACGUGAUUGCGAUCGAGAUCAUCCUGCUGGUGGCGCUGGUCUGCAAGGUUUCGUACGACUACUGGGUGUUCAAGACGGCCGGGUAUUUGCCGUGGCCGGCGAACAAGAUGCCGAAGCUGCCCUGUGAUUGCUUGUGCGAAUGAGACUCUCUAACGUGUCGUGCCAAUUGUGUUGUGAAAUUUUGUGCAAUUAGAAAUUAUAGAAAAUGUGCCUUAAUUGUCUGUGAUUGAGUGGUGUGAGUUUCGAAGAAUCUACAGAAGGGAGUAAAUGACGACUUCUUCAAGCUGAA